CAUACCCAUAACUAAAAACAACCUACUGAAUACUAUCUCUUUUGCUUGUUUGUCAUUUCUUUAGACUUCCUCGGCUCACAGUAAGCAGAUCAAGAAGCUGCAUGCUGACAUGGUCCUACGUCUAAGCAGAAUAUUCAGACCAACUGUUGUUGAUACCUGGCAGAGUAUUUUGGUAGCGUUAAGUCCCUUUUUGGAUCAUCCAGAUUUAUAUGGGGAUGACAUUAAACAUUUUGGGCAAAUAUGUCGGAGUCUGAUGUGUAAGGGAACUAUUGCUCAUGGCUCUUAUGAUGAACUCCAUCGUGCAGUCGGGAAUGUUGAUGCCCAGGCUGCUAAAAUUGUGGAGGAAACUUCUAUCCAAAUAAAAGCGCUACAGCCUGAAGGACCAUCGGAACCCAAGCGACCCAGAACUGGAGAAGGAGCCAAGACAAGAGGUGUGUUGUGUGAGCAUGUCCUAAUGUUUAUCUGUGUUGAUAACAUUGAUAAUACAGUAAAACACGUUAGUACGAACACACUUAUUGUGAUUUUAUGGGUAUUGCGAACUGGUGCUGAUUCCCAAGCUCUUCUACCUCUUACUUCUAGGUAAUUUACAAUGAAUUAUGUUUUCGAUGAAAAUCUACAUAUUGAGUUGAGACCAAAGCUACUACGGUCAAGGUCACCAUGUUGGAUUUCGUCAAUAUCGACUGUUAUUAACUCGAAUGAGAUGUCCGAUAUUGAAGUUGUGUACAUGUGUACAAGGAGGGGGGAAGUGGAGGGAGAGGAGGUAGAUUCCAUCAGUGUUGCUAGGGCGAGUGCUUACAUUAACCAUAUACACUUUUUUCUCUGGGCUCAAUUGGCGAUCGUGGUAAGUACCGGUGCAGUCUCUCCGUCGUCGUGACAAGUUACAGCAAAAAGCAUUAACAGGCUUUUUCAAAAGAGCUUGAAGCUGUGAGCAUUUUGUUCAUAUACAUAUAUGUUAAGAUGAA